AUGGCCUAUCCUCAGCACAACGGGCAAGCCGAAGUCGCUAAUCAGGAGAUUCUCAGAGUCUUAUAUGCUCGGCUUGACCAAAUGAGAGGAAGCUGGGUUGACGAGCUACCAAGUGUGCUGUGGGCUCUCCGCACGACUCCAAAAGAGAUGACCGGCACAACCCCAUUUCAUUUGGUGUACGACGGCGAAGCAGUGGUCCCUGUAGAAGUGGAAGUGGAGUUCGAUCGGGUGCAGCUCUAUGACGAAUGGAAUGCUGAACGGAGGCAUAUGGAGCUCGACCUAGUGGACAAAACACGCGCUAAAGCAGUCGUUCGGCUAACAGCUUACCGGCAACGGAUAAAGCAAAACUACAACCAGAGAGUAAUCCCAAGAUCCUUCCAGGUCGGCGAUCUCAUCUAG